AUGAUUGAAGUUGCAGGCCAUACACAAGAAACCGACCAGCGGUUGAUAGCACGGAUCAAUCCUGAGAUCUGGCCAACGCAGGAGGAGAUCCACUCAGCUAUGAAGCGGAUUGACUAUCAGGACGGCGUUUUCCACUGCGCUGUGGCAGGCAUCGCCGGGAGCGGCAAAUCCUCACUGAUUAAUGCCAUCCGCGGUCUCUCCAACUCAAAAUCGAAGCAUCCUGACGCAGCUGAAGUCGGGAGUACCGAGACCACCAGACAUGUAACCCGAUAUCCCGACCCCAACCCGAAGAAACCAGUGGUCUGGUAUGACAUUCCUGGUGCAGGCACUUUGACUGUCCCUUCCCCGCAAUACUUCAAUGCACAAGGGCUCUUCCUCUUUGACUGCAUCAUCGUCCUUUUUGACAACCGAUUCACCGAAACCGAUGUAUCACUCCUACACAAUUGCAGUCGCUUCAACAUCCCAUCGUACAUUGUCCGCUCCAAAUCCAACCAAGGCAUUAAAAACACGGUGGAGGAGAUGAGGGAGGAUGAUGAAGAGUGCGAAGACAGCUUGUUGUAUGAGCGGGCGCGGGAGAGGUUUACCGCAAGGGCGAAGGAAAGCGUGAGGGAGAAUUUGAGCCGGGCGGGACUGCUUGAUCAAAGGGUUUACAUUGUAUGCCGGGACGGACUGCGAAAAGUCGUCAAGCCGGAGGAGAAUUCCCAAGUGAACAUCAAGGUGGUCAUUGACGAAGAGGUACUGUUGCAGGAUUUGCUCAAGGAAGCUUACGAUAGACGAGUGGAAGACGCAGCCGUAGCGAAAUCCGCUCUGGCCGAGCGGAUAAAACAACUCUGGGCAAGAUGUCAAUUAGCAGCUCCGCAGUGGGUACCCCACGCGAGCUAA